GGGAAACAUAGAGAUUUCUUAUCAGCGGGAUUCAAGCUCCAAAAAUAGGAAAAAACAUUGGCGAAGAUGACGAUAAGAUUUUUCACACGUGCCUCUAUCUUAUCUUCAUAAAGCUUAUGUUAAUUUAAAAGUUACAAGCAAGCCAUAUCUAAAACCACCACCGGAAAUCCACGGUUUUUGCGGUCAUUUCUUUUACUGUCAUGAAAAAUGCGUCGCCUACUCGCCCACCGUUUCAGUCUUCCACUCGCUACCGCCGCCCUUGGAGUCGGAAUCGUGACAGCGUCCUCCUCAAUUUUAAAUAAUCAUCCACAAAGACGUCCCAUUUUCACUAGUCACUGCGCCCCAAAGAUUAACAAACCGGCUGAAGCCAUGUCUGAAGAAAACAUUCCAGGUCUCUACUCUCAAGAUAAGUUGCGCUCAAUGUCCAUCAACAUCACGGGAAUGCGAAUUCCCUACCACGGGAAGAAUGAAUCUUUCACGGAAGACCAAUUAGUGGCGAGGGAACCGUUCUCACAAUUCAAUAAUUGGUUUGAACGAGCUGCCAUAACGGAAGGAAUUGAAGAACCGAAUGCAAUGUGUCUCGCAACAGCGACAAAGGAUGGGAAGCCCUCGUGUCGUAUGGUGCUUUUGAAAGGGUAUGGAAUCGAUGGGUUCAAAUUCUUUACGAAUUAUUGUUCUCGGAAAGGCAGAGAACUCGAGGAAAACCCAUGGGUUUCACUCAACUUUUAUUGGGAACCGAUGAAGCGAUGUAUUCGAGUUGAGGGUCGUGUAGAACGCCUGAGUGUUGAAGAGUCUACGGAAUAUUUUCACUCGCGACCGAUAAGUAGUCAGGUGGGGGCAGCGAUAAGCCCUCAAAGUCAACCUGUCCCGGGUCGUGAAUUUUUACUCGAGAAAGAAAAAGAACUGUUGGCCAAUGUUGGGGAGAAUAAAUGUGUCGACAAGCCGGAAACAUGGGGCGGUUUUGUCGUGAUUCCGGACGUCAUUGAAUUCUGGCAAGGUCAAACUAAUCGGAUUCAUGACCGAAUUCGUUUCCGGAAGCGAGCCCCAGGAGAAUGCCCUGAUAACGUGCUGGUCCACGAGGGAGAAAAUGGAUGGGUGUUUGAACGCCUUGCGCCAUAAGUCAAAACAUAAAGUAAACCAAAGUACCAAAACAUGACAAUAUAAAUAUCAAUCUGAAGUAUAGAUCUGCAUGACUAAUUAGUACGUACAUAGUUGCCAUAAUACGUAAUAGAGAAAGAUCGCAUAAUCUCAAAUCAAGUCUUCCAUUCCAAAUUUAGUGAUAUUACAAACCACAAAAACUGAAAUGCAAUCUCAAAAUUAAAUUAACUUUUACUUGUGCAUAUGUAGUAAGUAUCAUUCAUUCGUAUUUGUUAUAUGUCUCGUGCUCAAAAUGUUUAUCAAAAAUCACAAGUUAUCACAGAACUUUGUUUUUAAGCCUUGAUAAUUUUAUUAUUAUUGUGUACCACAAAUUAAGUUGAUUACGUAAGCUAAACACUAAUUAAUAAAAUCGAUUUAAACAAUUUA